CCUGGAUAAUAAUAAAGAGUGAGAGGAGGGCCGCCAGCUGUCGUUUUCUUUCUGUUCCAGCACACGAGGCGUGACACAGGAGAUGAAGCCUGCAACACACACAAAGACUGCAUGUCUUAUUUUACACGUGGUUUAAUCAACGAGAGAUUACGCACGAGCCGUUCGUGGUUAUCCCGGUUUUAAACGACUCUGCAAUAUUAACGCCACGUGUUGCAGCCCCCCGUUCAAUAGUUUGGAUUACAAAAUUACAAUAUAUUCCCCCAUAGAAAAAAAAGUGCACCCAUUACUUGCGGAUUACAUAAACUCCCUGUGCCACACAGCAGUCCAGCCCACCGUGGUUCGUGCGUAACAGGGUUUGGCACAGGGGCGCGCACCACGUAAACAAAAACACAUUGUCGGUGUCCCUGGCAGCCAGUAUUCACGACAAGAGGGAGGAGGAACAGUCUUUACCUUUGCUGUGCAGACAGCGACCGGACCUGUCUGGUCUCAGGCAGCUGACGCGUUAAUAGACAAGAAACGCCACGGCGGAGAUGGGAUUACUCGUCACGGACCUCCACCACUGCACGGAGCUUUGAGUUUUUUUGUCUCAGGCAAUCAGAAAAUAACCUCAUCUGGAAAAUAGAACAACUUAAAUCUUCAGGGCGAUGCCGUGCGUCCCGACCCAGAGCGGCUCCUCUCCACAAGGAGCCAGUCCGGCCUCUCAGAGCGCCAGCGGGGAGCGCAGCUGCGACUUCCUCACCCCGGAGUUUGUCAAGUUCAGCAUGGACCUCACUAACAGCGAACUCUCGGCUGCAACCUCGGGUCCCACGUUUAGCCCUUCGGGUGACACGUACAGCGCCGCGUACGACGCGAAGCCCCCGUGUCUCUUCCAGAUGCCGGUGCAGGGAGAGCUCCCGUGCGUCAAGGUGGAGGAUGCGCACGGGUGUCCGCGCUAUCAGCAGAAUCAGCAUCCUCCGCACCAGUCCAACGAGCUGCUCUCCUCCGCGGGUUCCGUCUACUAUUACCGCUCCCCGUCGCCGCACACCGCCUUCCAAACUCCACCCGGACACGUAUGGGAGGACUCCGGCUCUCUCUACAGUUUCCGACAAGACUAUUUGGCGGCGGCGCACAAGAAAAACACGCUAUCCAGACUCUCGCUGUUUUCACUCAGACACGCGCAACACGGCGGCCAGAGCAUGUCCACCUGCCGGGUGAAAUUUGACGCCGCCGGUGCGCAUCGGCCGCUGGACAGCGCCGGGGUUUUGGGCUGCGCUUCCCACGGAAAGCAGCCCGGGGUGGGGUUUCCUCACCCGCUUCAGUUCGCCCACGCUCACCACUUCAUGGACUACCAGACCUCUUGCGCCCCCGACCGAGGACCGCUGAGCACGGAGGGGCUGUGCGCGGUGUGCGGUGACAAUGCCGCCUGCCAGCACUACGGAGUGCGCACAUGCGAGGGCUGCAAGGGGUUCUUCAAGCGCACAGUACAGAAAAACGCCAAGUACGUGUGUUUGGCUGCCAAAAGCUGCCCGGUGGACAAACGCAGGAGGAAUCGCUGCCAAUACUGUCGCUUCCAGAAGUGCCUCGCGGUGGGAAUGGUCAAAGAAGUGGUGAGGACGGCCGGGCUGAAAGGCCGACGGGGUCGGCUCCCGUCCAAACCCAAAACUCCCCCGGACUCGUACCCCGCCGUCAGCGGCCUCCUGGGCGCACUGGUCAGGGCGCACGUGGAAUCGAACCCUCCUCCUUCUCGCGUCGACUACUUCAGGCUGAAGGAGACCCCAGGAAGUCCACCGGGGGACGACGUUCAACACGUGCGGCAGUUCUAUGACCUCCUGACCCGAUCGAUGGAGGUGAUUCGAGGUUGGGCGCACAAGAUCCCGGGCUUUACGUCUCUCCCCAAACACGACCAAGACCUCCUCUUCUACUCGGCUUUCCUGGAGCUCUUUGUUUUGCGAUUGUCGUACAGAUCCAGCCCCGAGGAAGGGAAGCUGGUCUUCUGCGACGGGUCGGUGUGGCACCGGCUCCAGUGCCUGCGGGGCUUCGGGGAGUGGAUCGACAGCAUCGUGGAAUUCUCCGCCAACCUGCAGCGGAUGAACCUGGACGUGUCCACCUUCUCCUGCGUGUGCACCCUCGCCCUGGUCACCGCAGAGCGACACGGACUGAAGGAGCAGAAGAAGGUGGAGGAGCUGCAGAACAACAUCGUCAGGUGCUUGAAGGACGCAGACGGACCCUCGGACUGUUGGUCCAACCAAUUGUCCAGACUUUUGGAAAAACUGCGCGAAGUUCGCACUCUGUGCAUCCAAGGGCUGCAGAGGAUUUUCUAUUUGAAGCUGGAGGAUCUGGUGCCGCCGCCUGCAGUGAUAGAUAAGUUAUUCCUCGACACGCUGCCAUUUUAGAGACCAUCGAGGACAGGCUUCCGCCGGACGCCGUUGGAUUUAACUCAGUCGCUCCUGACCGUUGGACAUCUGUACUCCGAAGAAAAGGACAUUUUGAAAAAUAAUAUCAGGUCAAAAAACAUCUUUUUCAUUAAAAGUAAAUGAGAAUAAAAACCUAAUUUCUUUGAAUAAUUGUGAACAUGAUUAUCUUCAUGAUGACAAGCAAACCGCUUUGAGAAAUUAAAAUCAAACAAGGUUAAAAGGCCCAAUUUUUCUACUGUCUGCCAGAAAGGGUACAUACAUUUAAAGUCAGUCAUUUGUUGUGGUGUUUUUAAAAUAUGAACUACCUGUCAGGCCAAAACGAUGACUGUAAGCGACUGAUGUGUUUACUCCAUUUGACUAUUAGCGGCAGUUUUGAUACGAGAUGUUUCUUAUCAAUUUUAGUAUUUCUAUGUCACGUAAUGAUUAACAUAAUAUUAUUAAUAUUGACGUCUGUAACGUUGUCCAUGUUUUAAUAAAUAAAUGACUUCUUGCUGGACUGUUUAA